AAAGCUCAUUUUAGAAAAUGUAUACCGUCGACGACAGCCUGCACCUGACACAUUCACCUGCUGUUCUCAUUAACGCCAAGACAAAAUGAAAUAUCUCCUGGCCGCCCUACAUAUCGUCCUAAUAGUGACAGUGGCUGCCGAAAAUGUGGCCCGCAUGUCGAUGGCUCGUGGUCAAAACGCGGAAAGAAUUGAAAAUCGUCCAACCGGUGAUGUUAGUGUCGUCGACGCCUGCCAAGAGGAUUAUUCCCCGUGCACCUGCUACACAUAUCCUUCGGAGGCAAUCCCUUCUCUCUAUGUGCAAUGUACCAACGUUCCGUCCUUCGAAUCCGUCCAGUCCGUCUUCCUGCGCACCACGGCCCGGCAGGUGAAGGAAUUCGUUUUGACCAUCCCGUCAUUCGAAACAAACAAAACCAUUCCUGCCGAUUUGCUCAGUGGCAAAGGUGCCCAAGAGAUCACGCUGAAUUGCCCUGACUCGGAGACGCAGUUGACGGUCGAUCCUGCAGCAUUCAACUCAUCGAAAGACUACACCAAUUUCAUUAAAUUCAGCACAUGCGAUCUGAGCCAACUGAACUACGCAUUCCUAGCAAAUUUCAAUGUCUUGAGGGAGGUUUCAUAUUUUAGUUCGAUUAACGUCGCUCAGUGGUCCGGCCUCCCCUUUCUUCCCAGCCUUCAGAAGCUAUCAAUGAGCAGCUCUCCUGACUUUAAAGACUUUGGAAACGUGCCCUUCUCCAAGUUACCAGCUCUGAGCGAGUACUCCAUUUUAUCGUGUCCGAAUUUCGAAUUGUUGCCCAACACGACAGCAAUGAAGUUGUUGAGAAUAGAGUCGUGUCCGCUUUUCAAACAGUGGGACAUUUUGGCCCAGCAGAGCAAGAUGACCUCUCUCACCCUCCUUGGCCUGGAUAGUCAGACUAUCAAAGAUGCCUUGGAUUCCGUCAUCUCCUCUCCUUCGGUUGGCACUUUGACAGAUUUAAUUUUGUCAGAAAAUGGACUGAACGAGGUCCCUGCACGAAUUCAACUGUUCUCCCAACUGCGAACCUUUUCUCUGUCCAGGAAUAUCAUUUCCUCCGUUGGAAAUGGUUCGCUAUCUUUCAGUACACUUAACCUUCAAUAUUUGGAUCUAUCAAGAAAUGGUCUCGAUACCAUCGAACCAAACGCCUUUCAAGGUAAUUUUGGCAAGACUGUGAUCACCCUGUCGUAUAAUCAGUUGAGCAGACUUGAGUCGUCCAUCUUCAAGCCGAUACUGGAACAGAUGGAGUCCACCGACCAAUACGGUUACGUCGACAUAUACGAAAAUCCCAUCGAAUGCGAUUGCCACCUGGACUGGUUAUUCGUUGAUAACAGUAAUUUAGUAGAUCGAGUUCACGAUGGGCAAUGCUCCAACGGCACGUCCUUUUCAUGGCUUAAACCACAAGAUUUCUCCUCUUGCAAAUUCGGUUCAACCAUUUCCACCACUACCAACAAUCCACUGACGCCGCCAUCUAUUGGAGGAGCAUCAAGUUCUCUUCAACUUUUCAGCCCCAUUCAUUUUGUUAUACUGCUAUUCACGUUCUUGUUUUUGCAGAAAACAUCUUUAGUUUAUGUCUGGUAAAAUCUAAAAUUGUUUCCCUUGCAAGGAAAUUAGCUUUCUUUUUUAAUUAUCUUUCGCCCACAGAAAAAUUUGCCUCCUGAGAGGAUUGAACUCUCGGCCUUUGGUUAUCUAAUCGUACGUACGAGACCAACGCUCUACCACUCAGCUAAGAAGGCCACAACCUUUUUUUUUACUUUCUUUUUGAUUAUUUGUUUUGGUUUUGUAACACAUAUACCUUUCACUCUGGUGAUACAUGAGUCAUUCACAGAAAUGUUAGACAAGUUGAUGUCAAUGGUCUAUGUAUUACAAAUCCAUCACGCCAAAGGUGUUCGUUGAAUUCGGCAAACAUUUAUGUAGUAGCAGUAGCAGUAGAAAAUCUUUUAACAUGUUCCUGUAAUAACUGAAUCAUAACGUACACACGAACUGAUAAGGAGCGGCCUGCAACUUGUUUGAUUAGUCAUACCUGAUUCGUCAGUCUCAUUAAUCUGUGCAAAGAUACCAUCUCAUUUCCCGUUCAGUGUUCCCGUAUAAAUGAGCAGUCGUGAAACCCACCAGGUAAACAGAAUUGGGAGCUGAACGAGGACAACAACACCACCAAUUGUACAGCGCGAUGCCGUUUGUUCUUUUCUUUCUGCUCGUUUCGUUGGAGGCAGCUACUGCAACUAUCCGUGACGGACUCACCUGUGAAGAUUAUUCGCCGUGUUCUUGCGAAGUCUACCAGCCCUACGGAUUGGUCAUACAUUGUGGAAAUGAGUUCGAUGACCACCAAUCGGUUACCACUCACGACGUUCAAAAAGUUUUCAGUCGCACCAAAGCCCAACACAUUUAUUGGUUAGAUUUGUUUCUAUCAUCGUCUCCGGAGAUGGAUUCCGGCGACUUCAUCAAUAUUCCGGCCAAUUUCCUGAGUGACAAGAGCGUCGUCCGUAUUGGAGUUGGUUGUGCAUCAACGUCCACUUACCCUUGGCGCUUAAAAAUUCAUCCGGAGGCUUUCCGCUCUUCCGGCCACCGUAUGGAGCACUUUGAAGUUGACGGAUGUGACCUUAGCCGAUUUAAUUUCAACUUCCUCGCUAAAACAAAUCGUUUGAUUAGUAUCAGCAUCGGUCGUUCUGUCCAUUUCCAAGGAUUCCCUCCACUGAAUUUUCUAUCCCGAAUCAUUUCACUGAGAAUCUACAAGUGCCUGGAUUUCCAGAACUGGAACGAGAUUUCCGUCAGAUUCCCCCGCUUAGAAUCGCUCUUUUUAGAUGGAAAUCAGUUGGGUGACCUGUUGGUAAACGACCUUUUAGGUUCCAUCGCCUCUUCGCCGACUGGAAACGACACGCUCCAGCAGCUGAGUCUGUGGGAAAACAAACUCACCCGCAUUCCGGAGCACAUUUCAUCUUUCAAAAAGUUGAGCUACGUCAAUCUGUUCGGCAAUUCCAUCCUGUCUUUCCCGAUAGGUUCACUCGCAUUUCAUAAGGGGAUUCGAGUCACUUUUCUCAUUUUAACCGGAAAUGCCCUGGAAACAAUCGAGUCAGGUGCUUUUCAAGGUGAUUUUUCUGAAGCUGUCGUUUACCUCGAUGUUAACCAUUUGACUCGAUUCGAUUCUGAUGUUUACGAGAAUUUGCUGGAACAGAUGCAUCGCUCAACGUCAGAUGCUGGCCUCUACGUUCGAAACAAUCCUUUCGACUGUAACGACUGUCAUCUCACCUGGUUGAUUCGGGACAAGCGACAUCUUCUGGGACGCGUCCACGGUGGCUGCUGUUCGAAUGGUACGUGGUUUGAAGAUUUGAAUCCCGAAGGUUAUGACCAUUGUUCCCAGAACAACGGACAAUAUCGCGAUGCGUAAUUUUAUGAAAGAAUUAAUGUUAGUACUUUCAUUACUUUCAGAAUCACGAAUUCAGUAACUUUUUUAUCUAAUUUCGUCUAACUUGCUUUUUUACCUACAAUACUACUUUAAAGGGGAAAUUGCAAUGGAAAUAACUAACGUCAAUUUAUAAAGAAAUCGGUUUUCUGUUUACACCAUUAAAUUGCGUUGUUUUAUCAGAUUAGGAACUAAACUAGAAUAUUAAAAAGUAGCUGUGAAAUUCAGCUCGAACUGUUCGUGAGUCAGAACGGGCAUAUGCCGUUUCUCUUGAUAAAUUUAACUUAUUAUAGCGCCUUCUUAGCUCAGUGGUAGAGCGUUGGUCUCGUACUGAUGGAUAAGACAACCAAAGGCCGGGAGUUCAAUCCUCUCAGAAGGCAAACGAACAUGGCAUAUUUUGCGAAUUUGAUUUAUUAUACGCGUUUGUAUUGAAACACCAGCUAGUUACAACAUUCAAGCCUUCAUAGCUCAGUGGUAGAGCGUUGGUCUCGUAUAAUAAAAUGGAUAACCAAAGGCCGAGAGUUCAAUCCUCUCUGAAGGCAGGUAAUAAACAAUACGAGUUAAGCAAUCAAACCGAAUCAAAGUAAUUUUGGCAAUGGUAAGUAAAUUUGUUACUUUAUGGCUUUAUCUGAUCCACAUUGAUUAUUUAUUCUUCAAAUACUUAGUUGGAUUCCAUAUCUUACGAUACCAAAUAAACUAACCCUGAAUUUUCCACAAUAAUUGAAUAGUUGAAAGAGACUUGACGAGAACUAUUUCUGCAAUCAUGGAAGCACUAUCGCUCUACUAACGAGUUGGAAUAAGUCACCAAUGUAUUGCCAAAUUACGCAAAAAAGAAAAAGAAAGUACCGGAUGUAAUUUUACCUCAAAUCCACAAUUACAGAACUGCCAGAAGUUUGCAAAGUAAAUUUUCAAUGUCAAAGCGCUUAUUAAGAGCGACGCUAUUAUGCAACAACAGCUAAGUUCUCUCAACAAUCAACUGAGCUAUGUUAUGUUAUAAUUUAAAAUAUUCCUAACGUAGAAUUUACAUAAUUAAAAUUUUUUUGCGGUAGUGCGUCAUCGAGGGUCAUCGUGAUUCGGGAUUGCUUUCUAUUUUCGCCGUUUAAAUGAGGAAUAUUACGCCAACACAAUUUGGCCAGCAAUUAACCCAGAUUGGCGCGGUACAAGGCGAAUUCGUUCAGAUUAUAUGGUGUACACAUAAUUGGAUUCCGUUCAUUAAAAGUCCUUAAUGGAAGACCAUUGACAGCAAAUUUGUAUAAAAAGGGUAAAAAUCAUUUCAAAUUCAUCACACUUCUCUUCUCUUUCUUGUUCUUAGCAUCAACAGUCCUUUUUCUCGAAACAACAUGAAGUUCUCGGCAUCAGCAGCUUUGGUCUUGCUAGUUUGCGUGGUCUACGUUUCCGGUUACGGGACCCAUCGACCAACCACUCAUCGUCCAACUCAUUACCCAACACGUCCAACUUACCGUCCAACUUACCGCCCCACUCACCGCCCUACCCAUCGCCCCACUUACCGCCCCACCCAUCGCCCCACCUAUCGCCCAAUAAAGAAUCUCGGCAACUCCAAUGUCAACAUCAACGACAACAAAAACAGCAAUGUUAACAUCGCUUCGCUUUUAUCCGAACUGUUCGGCGACCAGGAGGAGGAAUUUCCUUGCACUAUCGGCGACCUCUGUUACGAGAAAAAGAAUUUGAUCAAGUCCGGCGCUGCUGCCGUCGACGCUAAAAAGGCCGAGGAACCAACUGAAAAGGCCGUGGAAAGUAGCGCUGCCCCAGCCGCUCCUGCCGCCGCUCCUGUUGUCAUUCCUGCCGCUCCUGCUGCCGAUGUCAACUUUGAUCAGUUCGCCAACUUCGAGUUCCAAGAUACUGACGCUACAUUUGCCGAUUUUUCUGAAUUUGAUGAUGACAUUUUUGCUUAACUUUCCUUUUGGAUGUGGUGACCCACAACCAGUUGUAUUAGACAUCCCUUCCGGCGUUUGACAACUGAAAACUUAAUUUUCUACAUUUUGGUAAUUUCGGCAAUUAACUAAUCCAUAAGCUUCCCUUAUACAACUGAUUUUUCAUGUCAAUCCUAUAAUAUUUUAUGGGAAGGAUUUGUUAAUACAGUUACUUUAUCCAAGAAAAAGAAUACACACAAAUUAUGAAACUA